AUGACGGCGACAGAAGACAAGACGGAGUCAGAGCCCAAGGCUCAAGACACUUCCAAGGUCGAAGAGAAAGAAGAGACCAAGGAGAUCGAGAAGAAGGAAGAAGAACCGACUGUGAUCGCAGCUUGCUUCCUUGCGGCUGUUCUUGACGAUGCCGGCAAAGGAUCGACGUCCAAUCCUAACACUCCUUCCAAGCGCGGAAGGAAGCCAAAGAAGGAAGCAGAGCAGGAGGAACCAGAGGCGACCCCCACCAAAAGAGGAAGGACUGCAAAGAAUGUGCUGGGCAACGACGACAAGUGUGCGACACAUCUAACUGACGAGCAGGCCAAGAAAGAGGAGGAGGAGGAGGAGGAGGAGGAAUCCAAGAAGGCGGGAGCUUAUUGGGAAGUGGAAGCUGGAGCCAAGAGGCAGCGCAAGUCGUCGGAGCACUUUCACCCUGACACGAGCUCCAAGGACAAGGAAGAGAUCGUCAUCCCCCAGGGAGACGGAAAGCGGCUGGGGGACAUCCAGUCAGUCGUCAACAGCCUGACCAACCACACGGUGAAGAAGAGCGACAUAAACGAUCCCAUCAAAGUCCUUCACAAGAUGCUGUUCCGUCGUGUCGAUCAGCCCAAGGCGAUGAAACAGAACCUGAUGGAGUUCAGAGGGAUGAGCUUCGAGGACAAGAAAGCUGAAGAAGCAUUCUUUGCUCGCCUGCAGAAGAAGCAGAUGAAGGAUCUCAAGGGCAUCAUGGAAUGUCUCGCGCUGGAGAGGAGCGGAGUUCAUAAAGACCUUGUCGAUCGACUCUUCACUUUCCUCAAGAAACCUUCAGCCACUGUCUGCAAGACCGUCUCCUCCAAGUCAAAAUCUGCACCCAAGAAGAGCAAGAGCAAGACCAGCAGCAAGAAGUCUGCCAAGAAGUCAAAGACCAAGUCCCCAGCGAGCAAGGCCAAGGGAAAAGGGAAGAAGAAGGAGGAAGAGGAGGAGGAAGAGGAGGAGGAGGAAGAGGAAGAGGAGGAGGAAGAGGAGGAGGAGGAGGAAGAGAAGCGACCCAAGAAGAAAGCUAAGAAGGAGACGAAGAAGGCAGGAAAGAAGAACAAAGAGGAGGAGGAGGAGGACGAGCCCUUGAUCAAGGGAGAGGAAGCAGAGAUGCUCGGCAAGAUCAAGAAGCAUGUCAAAGAGAUCUGCGACGGCGCCGACAUGGAUACGCUGACGCUGCGCAACGUGAGCGAGAGGAGAGGAGAGAAGGAGGGAGAGCAGACGAGAGGAUGA